CAUGUACGUAUUAACCUUUCAGAAUGCAAACACAAUGGAGAGAGGAGGCAGAACCCCAGCUCCUUCUCCAGCAGAGAAACCAGUCUUCCAGAGAUAUGCUCCAUUAUAGCCGCCAUUACGAAACACACCCUGUGAUUAUACCCUACUAAGACGCUUUUAUUAAAAAAAAACCUGAUGACUAGAAGUGCUUUAUUGACUUUCGUGAAUGGCCCCUUGACUAGUGUUUAACUUAGCAAGAAUAUUAAUUUUGUUAUACUCUGUUGUUAGUACAUGCAGUACAUUAUAAAUGCUGUACGUGUAAUUGUUUUUGAGAGUAACAUUCAUCGCAAUUUUUUUCUGGAAACUAUAUUACUCUACAGUACAAUGGUCAAGCAAAUGCUCAAUAUGCUGUGCAAUAUUUUUGAAAUUGUUAUUUGAUGGAGUGACAAACUAAUGCAAAACAUUUUAGUCAUCAUGGCAAACUCUCCACAAAUGUUCUAGGCAGUUAAGUUCUUGCAGAGUUGAUUUUUCAAUAUAAACCUUCAAAUUGUUUGUGAUUUUUUAAAGUGCAAUCUGACAAUAUGAAAAUUAUACUGAUAUUCCAUGAAAUCUGUUAUAUAAUUUUUAAGUUGAACAGUGGAUAAUUGCCAAAUCUGAAUACAUGAGAUUACUAGUUUAGUAAACCAAAAAAGGAAAGUGCUAGCCAUUAUGAAUUACAGCUUCAUAAGUGUAUCUGCUGUAUCAUACUAACAAGAUGGUGGAAUUGACGAAUGUUUGCUUUAUUGUGGUGAGUGGAAUUGCCUUGAUAACUCAAGUGAUUAUUCCAACUAUAAAAGGACCUAUGUCUCGGUUGCAGCCAGAACUUGCAGCUUGGUUACAUGAACAAUCCCUGGAGAAACAUGCAGGACUCUUUGUGGAUGCAGGAAUAUGGAGACUUGUGGAUGUUGUAGAGAUGGGUCCAUUGCGAGGCCUUCCUUUAGUGGAACAAGAACGAACCACUGCAGCAGUAUUUGAUGUGAAGCAGCGUCUUGUACUGAAUCACUUUUUAAAGAAACAUGGAGCUGAAAAUGGCUUGCCAAGGCUGGAGACUUUAGGCAUACGCACUCUCAAGGAGGCGGUGUACAUGGUGGACGCCUUUCCUCUUGAAUUUAAUGACGAUAAAGAUGAUCAACUUAAUACUCUCCUUCACAGUCUUCCCAGGGAUAAAAAAGAACUGGAUCAACUGUCAGAGGAAAUCUGGAUAGAGAUUGCCAAGAUGUAUAAUCUGCCAAGUGCUCGAGGAUGGAACCUCUAUAAUGGUGAGUACUCAUAUUACUGUAUAAUCUGCCAAGUGCUCGAGGAUGGAGCCUCUAUAAUGGUGAGUACUCAUAUUACUGUAUAAUCUGCCAAGUGCUCGAGGAUGGAACCUCUAUAAGAGUGAUAACUCAUACUGCUGUAUAAUAUGCUAAGUGCUUGUGGAUGGAACCACCAUAAUGGUGAGUACAGGAGGGCCCUGCUUGUACUGCAGGUUAGGUUCCAGGCUACUGCUGUACAGCAAAUAUCACUAAAGUGAAUUAUAAGCUUUUUUUACUUUCAAAAU